AUGGUCACCAAACAGGAUUUGCGAGUCGGUAAUAAAUACCGCAUCGGCCGUAAGAUCGGAAGCGGUAGUUUUGGUGACAUCUAUCUCGGUACCAACAUCAUCUCUGGGGAGGAAAUUGCCAUCAAGCUCGAGAGUGUCAAGGCCAAGCACCCACAGCUCGAGUAUGAAGCUCGGGUUUACAAAUCGCUCGCUGGUGGUGUUGGAAUCCCUUUUGUCCGCUGGUUCGGUACCGAAUGUGACUACAACGCCAUGGUCAUCGACCUCUUGGGUCCCAGUUUGGAGGACCUUUUCAACUUCUGCAACCGCAAAUUCUCCCUGAAGACUGUGCUUCUCCUGGCAGAUCAACUCAUUUCCCGAAUCGAGUACAUCCACGCCAAGUCCUUCAUCCAUCGUGAUAUCAAGCCCGACAACUUCCUGAUGGGUAUCGGCAAGCGUGGAAACCAAGUCAAUGUGAUUGAUUUUGGUCUUGCCAAGAAGUACCGUGAUCCCAAGACGCACUUCCACAUCCCAUACCGCGAGAACAAGAACCUCACCGGAACGGCCCGUUAUGCUAGUAUUAACACUCACCUCGGUGUUGAACAGUCUCGUCGUGAUGAUAUGGAGUCUCUCGGGUACGUCAUGCUCUACUUCUGCCGUGGCACUCUCCCUUGGCAGGGAUUGAAGGCGGCCACCAAGAAGCAAAAGUACGACCGUAUCAUGGAAAAGAAGAUGACCACUCCGACCGAGGUCCUCUGCCGUGGAUUCCCCAACGAGUUCUCCAUCUACCUGAACUACACUCGCUCCCUGCGUUUUGAUGACAAGCCUGACUACUCCUACCUCCGCAAGAUCUUCCGCGACCUGUUCGUCCGCGAGUCCUACCAGUACGAUUACGUGUUUGACUGGACCGUCUACAAGUACCAGAAGAACGCUGCCAUGAUUGCGGACGCUACCAAUAACAAGAAGGACAAGGAGGCUGACGGCCGCCAAAAUGCAGCUGCAGCUCAGGCGCCUAUGGCUACCCCUGCUACUGCUGCCAAGCCUGGUGCUAUCUCCAGCCAGCGUCGCAAGGUCCUCGAUCACAACACGCUCAACAACACCCCUGACACCAACCGUGCUAUGGGAGGGAGUGACAGGAUGCUGCGCUCUGCUUCCAAGGUUGCUGCUUCAGGUGCUUAUGGGCCUGCCGGUAGCCGUGCGAAGCGGGACGAUGGAUACGGUGCUCAGUGGUACUAA